CUUUAUUUAGGUUGUAGUUUUUUAAAUGGUGGUACUGGAACGUAGUGAGGAACGUGAACAAAAAAUAAUGAAAAUAAUUUUAAUUUUCUUCAGAAAAAGAAUAAAUACGCGGAAUAAAUAAUUCACUAUUACCGAUUGUAAUCGCAAGUCUCAUUUUAGUAGUUUCAGUUAUUUCCUGAAAGAAUUAAACGGCAAUAAUGACGAGAAUAUUAAUAAAAACAAACCGGAUAAUUUCAGCUGUUUUAUCAAAAUAUAAAUUUAGCACUGCAGCUAAAUCUGUAGCGUCCGUGCAAAUAAAAGGGAAAGAAUUCGUGGCCGACGAUUAUACAAAUGUUACGCCUAAAAUAAUAUCGUACUUGGACAAGAACCUGCACUUGCAGAAAAAUAACCCUCUAUCGAUAGUCAGGCAGAGAAUUGUAAAUUAUUUUUACUCUUCAUUUACUCACAGAGGUCACCCAGCAUUCAGCGUUUACGACAACUUACCGCCAAUAGUGACUACAAAGCAAAACUUUGAAGAUUUGUUGAUUCCGGCUGAUCAUCCGAGUAGGGCGAAGUCCGACUGUUAUUAUAUAAACAGAGACACUCUCCUGAGGGCUCAUAUGACUGCACAUCAAAGUGAGCUGCUGCGCUCUGGACUGGACAACUUCCUGAUGAUAGGAGAUGUGUAUCGGAGGGAUGAAAUUGAUUCAACACAUUUUCCUGUGUUCCAUCAGGUAGACGCAGUGCGUUCACAACGUCAAGAAGAGUUAUUCCCAGACAAACCAGAAUUACAAAUAUUUGAGCCAACAUUUGAUAAGACAAACCCACAUACUAACCACAUAAAUGAUCCAAUGAAACAAAGCUGCCAUACUCUAGAAGCUACAAAAUUAAUGGAGACACAAUUGAAAACGCACCUUAUCGGUCUAACACAGGCUCUAUUUGGUGAAGAUAUUAAGUACAGAUGGGUUGAUGCAUACUUUCCUUUCACCCAUCCAUCAUGGGAGCUUGAAAUAUUCUACGAAAAUGAUUGGAUGGAGGUCUUAGGCUGUGGCAUAGUCAGAAAUGAGAUUUUAGUUAACGCAGGACCAUCAAACACUAUAGCAUAUGCCUUCGGACUUGGACUGGAAAGAUUAGCAAUGGCAUUGUACAAGAUUCCAGACAUUAGAUUAAUGUGGAGUACGGAUUCUGGGUUUUUGACACAGUUUGAGAAUGUGGACUUGAAUGCUAGUAUUACAUAUAAGCCUGUAUCUUCGUAUCCACAAUGUACGAAUGACAUGUCCUUCUGGUUGCCUCCCACAUACACUAUUGACACGUUCAUAAGCAAUGACUUUUAUGAUCUAGUCAGAGAUAUUGGUGGCGAUAUUAUUGAACAGGUAAAACUCAAAGACAAAUUCGUUCAUCCGAAGUCGAAGAAGCACAGUUUGUGCUACAGUAUUGUAUACAGGCAUUUGGAACGGACCCUCACUCAAACAGAAGUCAACCAGGUUCACAAGGAGAUUGAGAAGGCCGUGGUUGACGCUUACGGAGUAGUUAUUAGAUAAAUUAAUGUUAUUUACUAAUUAUAAUAUAGUAUGUUGAAUUUUA